AUGAAGGUGAAGCUGCUUUUUCCGUACGCCGUGUCCUGCGUGUUCGGCGGCAUGGGCCGCGCCUGGGGCAUGGCUAUGGUCGGGCUCCACAUUAUGAUCUGCAUCGUCAAGGUCAUCUCCUUCACUACUGACCCCGAGGAGGCCCGCUUCUGGAUACCGAUCUUCCGCGUCUGGGUGUACCUCUGCAUGCCACGGUGGUCAUGA